AUGAGUACCGUCACUCUAAGAUGGAUAGGCGAUUUAGAUCAAGACAAACGUGAACAAGCUGGGUGUGUCAGUUCUUCAAGCGACCAAUAUCGCCCCAAAAAAAUAGAACUAAAGCCUGGCCAAAAAGAAAUCCGCAUUGGACGUAUUAACACGAAAAUCCCCCCUGACUAUCCAAUCGAAAGCUGCAUUAACAGCCGAAUGAUAUCACGAAAUCAUGCAACUAUAGAACGCUCGGCCAAAGGAGGUUCAAUUCUCUAUGAUCAUAGUAUGAAUGGGACCUACGUCAACUACACAAGAGUUAUGGGUGGGGUAACGCUAAAACAUGGAGAUAUUGUGUGUUUUGGGCAUUUAAAUGGGGCAAACCUUAAGCCUGGGGAGCCAGUAGCUCUCUUUUAUUCCGACUUAAAGUAUCGAGUGGAGCUAAGUGAUUCACCAACUAAGGAAAAUGUUGUAACUGGAACAGCCAAAAAACGCAAGUCUUAUCCCGCUCAGCCAGGUUCAACAGUGUCCUCUACUCAACGUUCUGAUGGGGAAGAUGAUUCUAUUGGGUCUAGUGAUGAGUCCACGGAUGCCAAGCGACCUAGAAGUAAUACAGCUUCAAGUGCACAACGCACAGCUAACCGUCAAAAAUUCAAAAAGCCUGCUAGUUCAAAUCGUCAUAAGGUAGAUGAAGAAGAUGAUGGAGACAGCAAUGAUGAUGCUGAUGAUAGUUCAAGCAACAAACGAUUAAGUUCUGCAGGUUCCAAAACCAUCAAAAAACGUUCAAACGGUACGGAUAGAGUUAAAAAGUCUCAUUCUAAUUCUGUUUCACGCAAAUCUAGUGGAACAAAACCCGGUCAUAUACAUAAUAAAGAAAAACGCCGCUCUGGAAAAUCCAGCAAAUCUGGAGGUUUCGAUGCGGAAGAUGAUGCUGGUGGGGGUGAUAUGUUUCAUUAUGACAGUGAGGAGUGUUCAGCUAGACCAUGCAAACAGCCUCAAGAUAUAGCAAUAGAUUGGAUUCAAUGUGAUCGUUGUACUCUAUGGUAUCAUCAAGAUCUUAUAGAGUCCUAUUUAGAGUUGAAAUUACACUCACUUCGUUCAUCCGAUUCGAAGGCAAUAAAUCCCCAUACUGUAACAAAAGUGCAACCACUUCAUGAUCAUGUGAAUUUAUCCAAUAAUAUAUCUAAAUCAAAUGUUGUUUCCACACCUUUACCUUCUUCAAUUUUCUAUGAACCUUGGCAUUCUAUGUGGAAAUUUAUUAGAAUGAAUCCAAUCUAUGGAAUAGGCGGCAAAACUUUACCACUGGAAUCUAUAUUAUUUAUGGAUCCUAAGUAUAUUCCACCUAUUCAUUCAGUCUCAAAGAUUGAUAAUACAAAUCUGCUCUCUUCUACUGAUUUGGAUUUCUGCUACGAAGCUCUAUUGUUUAUGACACAGGCUUAUGAGACUGUUGUACGAGUAACUUUAUUUAAAGACUCAAAAACGGAAAAUGGCGAGUUUAUGUGUUGUUGUGAUCCGUACUUGAAUUUACCGUGUCGUUUUGGUAUCACUGAAUUGGCAUCAUUGGAGGACUUUGUAAAACAACAUAUUUGGUCAUCCAUAUACAAACAAUUUACAAUUGAUGAAUGA